GCAGAAAUUCGAAGCGCACGAAAAUACAUAAAAUACACACGAAAUUAUUGUAAUGGCAAGAGACAAGCGAGCAGCAAAACGAAUUUAUAAAAUGAAAAUUUAUUAAUAAACUUGUUUAAGCCAAGAAACGUGUUAAUGCAACGUCAGACAUAUAGCAGUGCAAUCGCGUCCUCGUCCUCCUUUACCUCUGCCGCAGUUGCUUCUGCUGCUGCGGUCGCUGUUGCCGCUGUUUUUGUUUCCCCCAUCGCACCCCUUGUCGGUGGUGUUAAUGUGUUAAUAUUUUUAUUUUUUUGUUGCUGAAAUUGUGCUCGUGUGCUGUGUGUGUGCAUAUCUGUGUUUUAUGUGAAAGAAGAAAAGGUGAAACAAAAAGGCAAGACAAUUCGUAUGCAGGAAUUGUCGUCAUCAGUCGUCUACCAUUAGCCGCCAGUCGCUCUUCUGUCUGUGGCCGUUGUGUCAGGUUUAGAUUCAAUCAAGCGGCAAGACUUAAAGCACUCAAAAACUCAAGGGCUCUGCCAACAUUGUACCAAUCCAGAAAAUUUACUCCCCUACCUCUGUCUGCCGUUAUAGUCUGCCGUGUAUUUGCGUGCGUGAAAGAGGUUCACACGGAGAUUGGACUACUGCAACGACCGCACUGUACACGAAAAGUGCGGCGAGAAGGCCAGAAGAGCUCGUGAAUGCGUUUGGACGGAGGAGCGUGAGAGACGAUACGCACAAAUCAGUGACGCCGUAUGAGAGCGGAAAAUCCAGAGAGUGGUGGCGCAUCGCUUAAGAUCGGCGGGAACCUGAGAGAAACUGCAGGGCGUGCGUGCGUGAGGGAACGGGUGCAUUCAACUCCUCACGCACAUAUGCUGGCCCUCGCCAGACCCAGACAGCCGCCGCCGCCACCUCCACCGAAUGCCAAUCCCAGACAACGUUUAACAUCCGCGUCCACGGCACUGACAACAGCACGAAAUGACUAUUCUGCUCCUACGCUGAAUCCCCAACGGAAACCAAAUCUCGUUGAAGGCGCCUCUACGUCAUCCCCAACCGAAAUGCUCGCGUCGACGUCAAACAGUGCCGCUCUCUCUGCCGCCUCUGGCUCAAUGGAUGCCUGCGACGAGCGAACGAUGCUGCUGAGCGAGACACCAAAGAAUGAUGUCUGUGCUCCUGCUCCUUCUCCGCCCACAACGCUGCCACUUGUUCAUACAACAACCACGACGUCGACACAUCCGUCCCAGCAGCAACACCAUCAGCGGCAGAACAUUAACAACAACAAUGCAAGAAUCGAGGCCAGUGCGAGCAGCGGUAAUAGCUGCAGCGCUAGCGCCAAUGUCAGCAGCAACAACAACAACGAGAACAAUACGAUAUCUGCAGACUGUGACGCAGACGGUGGCGUCGAAGCCGGCGCUGGCGAUGAUCUGUCCAGCGAUCUCAGCGAUAGAUUUCCACGCCCGCCUGCAACCUGCGCCUUCGCUACCGCCACCGGCAACCCAAAGAAACCCGGAAAACUUAGCAAAUUGGGAUCCAAAAGCGUCGGCCUCAAACGAGUUUCCUUUGGCUCCUCCAAGGGAUCCAUGGUGGAGACAUUGGUUUUUGAGACGCCCACUCCGCUGUCGGAGCAAGUGGAGGCGACAUUUGGCUUUGAAGCGGCGACCUCUGCGACAGAUGGCGUUGCCGUGGCCGCGGGUCAGCCGCAGCUGCCGUCGCAGUUGCAUCCGCAGUCGCAGUACCUUCCGCCAGUCGGACACGGUGACUAUGCAAAACUGAAUAUGGACGACAGCGGUAUUGAGGUUCAAGAAGAGUCGGAGCGUUCAAUUGUGCGAGUUUCCAUAUACCAAAGCAGUCAGCCGCAACAGAUCUGCCCACCGGUGGAGUAUAUCCAGGGGCCCUAUUCAGACGGCCUGGAUCUAACGAUCGGUAGCUAUACAAUCGACCCAACCACAAUGAGCACGACUUCGGCGACGAUGCAGCAGCAUCAGCAGAUUGGACUUGGGGCUGCCUAUGAUCGUCAGCACAGCACUGAUUCUGGCUGGGAUAAUCCCUUUCGUCCAGGUGGCGAUCUCUCCAGAGAGGCCGACGAAAUCGUCAAUAUGAUUCGCGGUGGGAAGCCAAUUACACCCACAGAGGAUCGUACAAUAGGAAAUGGAAGCGCACAGCAUGCCGAUGACAACUGUAAUGGCGGAACAGCGGUCGGCGAGAGCGUGACCAGAAGCAAUCUCUCGCAGAAUCAAGCAACAGCACAAAACGGUACAAAUUCCCACGCCAGCAAGUUGGCGACAGUGGGCAAUGCAACUGCUGGUGGUGGUGGCGGCGUUGGACGUGACGAGGGUCAAAGCAACAGCAGCACCAACGGCGUCACCGCUUUGGGCCAGGUGUCGAAACAGGUGGUGCCGGGACCAACAUCGGCAAGUCAUGUCGUCAUCGAUGAGAAGAAGAGCAAGAAGAAGGGCUGCUGUGUUGUCCAAUAAUCAUGGACAUCGCUGGCAUACGACAUGGGCUGUUGGGACCGCAGGGUGGCAGUAUGCGCUGGGUGGGGGGUUAUAGAAUGGAAGAAUUGUGUUUUUUUUUCUGUUCGUUUUUUUUAUGUGAUCCCGAAGCCGAGUCCGAGAGCUGGUGUUAAUGUUUUGCUUUUCUUUGCUUUACGAAUUCCAAGAGGAAUAAAAAUAAAAUCAACCAAAUCAAAGGAAAAGAAAGAAAGAGUAAAGAUAAACAAAAAAUCCAAGCACACUGAACACACCAGCAUCAAACGAAAUAACGAGCGGUUCAGUCGCAACAGAAACAACAAAAGAAAACCAAUAACAAGGACAAGGGAGCAAAAUAAGCCACGCUAGAACGAGAACAAAAAGAACUACGCUUAAGCGAGAAGAAAAGGAAUAUAAAAGCAUCAAGAGCAAAAGCAAUAAAGCAACGAGAAGAAAAUGGACCAGCAACAGUAGCAUCAGAAGCAAUAGAAUAAUGCGUGGCAAAAGAGUCAUCACCUCCAUCAGAAGCACUAGAAUAACGAGUGGAAACAAGUAAGAACAACGACCACCAAAGAGCUGCACUUAGGGGCCGCCUUUACCCAUUAUGGGAACUGGCACUUGCAAUCGGUGUAGCCUCGCCACAAUCCAUAACCAAUUGCUCUCCCAAAAUCCUGAAAUCAGUCGCAAUUGCUGUUCUUAGAAAAGAUUUAGCCAGUCAGUGUCCCCGCCAGACCCCCGAGGGACAGUCGCUUCAAUUUUAAACAGCUACCGUAAACACGAAUUGUAAAUCUAAAAUAUAUACCUAAUUAUAAAA